AUGCAAACGAUUCUGCACCACAAUGGCAGCGGCUCGGCCGCCUACACCGGGACCCUGAAGAGGCGGGAGGUGCACCGCGCCAUCACCCUCCAUCCGGUCAAAGACCACCGCCAGAUGUACAGGCUCCACACAUACUUCAAGAACCUCCGCAUCCAAGAGCUUCGGGAGCGGUCGCUGGACUUGCACCGGGACAUAGCCUCGUCCGUCCACGAGCUCGGCGUGGAGGCGGACAAGGUGGAAGACUACGUUCUGCCUGGAGGUGUGCCCCUUUUCCCGGAUAAAAUGGGCGAGGACGGGUAUCUGGGAAACAACCAGAUUUUGGGGGCCCCAAUCGACAUGAACAGAUUCAAGGCGGAGGCGGUGGAGGACAUCGUGCCGUUCGACUUCAUCAGCAAAUCCAUCUACUCCAUCAGCCAUUCGAAUCCCAAGCGAAGGAUAGAGGGGCCGCUGAAAGAGGCUCUGGACGACGUUAUUAGAGAAGUGAUGGAGAUAAUAAACGCGCCGUCGCGGCAGCGCGGGCGGGUGAUCGAGUUCAACGAGCUGCUGUACGGGUACACGCGGCUGCAGCCGGUGCACGGCGCGGACCACGUGCUCGACCUGCUGCUCAAGUACAAGCGCUACAGGGGGCGGAAGAUGACGGCCGCGGUGCGACGGCACGCCUACCUGCAGCAGUCCUUCACCGGUACGGAGAUAAGGGAGCUGCCGAUCGGGGAGCCGCCGCCCUCCGAGGAUCGCGACAUACUGGAGAAGCUGGAGGGCGCCGGCGCCGACUACGAGGACUUCGACGAGCCCAACCAGCAGCAGGGCGGCUUCCUGGACUUCGGCAGGCUGGCCGUGCGCGGCGCCUUCCAGAGCGGCCUCAUGAAGAUCCAGAGCAACCUGCCCAAGGUGCUGCAGUGGAACGAUGGCGGCUGCGAGUACGAGUACCCGCUCUACGACAGGCGGGUGACGUUCGUCAUGCCGCUCUCCGGCCGCCAGGAGACCUUCGGCCGCUUCAUGAACAACUACGAGGACAUAGUGCUCAAGAGCGACGAGGCCGUCUCGCUCGUCAUAGUCCUCUAUCUGGACAGCAAGGACCCGCUCGACUACGUCAACACGCAAUCCUUGGUCACCUACUACAAGGACCUGUACAGCAAAGACAUCAGGGUCAUCCAGAUGGGCUCCACCACCUUCUCGAGGGGCGCCGCCCUCACCGAGGGCCUCAAGGCCUGCGAGGACGACGACCUGGUCUUCUUCAUCGACGUGGACAUGAUGUUCAACCACGUGUCGCUGCGCAGGAUCCGCAUCAACACGAUCAAGUACCACCAGGUGUACUUCCCGAUCGUGUUCAGCGAGUUCAACCCCGACGUGGUGAACGGCGAGGAGUACAACCGCUUCGGGGACGAGGCGCUCGUGGCCGACGACGACCUCGGCAAGUUCGUCGAGGAGGAGGAGGAGGAGGAGGAGGGGCGGCCGAAGACCGACAGGGAGCUGGCCGACCUCAAGUACAGCAGGGAGAUCAACGACGACAACGGCUACUUCAGGGUGUACGGGUUCGGCAUCCUCGGCAUAUACAAGCGCGACUUCCUGCGCGUGGGCGGCUUCGACCUGAACAUCAAGGGCUGGGGGCUGGAGGACGUGCAGCUGUUCGAGACGCUGAUCAAGUCCAACCUGAGCGUGUACCGCACGGCGGACGACACGCUCGUGCACAGGUUCCACGCCGUGGACUGCGACAAGGCGCUGGAGAAGAGCCAGUUCCUCAUGUGCCUCGGCACCAAGGCCUCCACCUACGGCAGCGACAAGCACAUGGCCUACUACAUGCUCAACCACCCCGAGGUGCUGUGGCCGCAGGAGGCGCCCGACGAGAAGGGCGCCAGC